UAGAAAAUUUUACUUUUUCCUUCCCCGAUGUUGAGAGAUUUAAUUUAAAGACUUAGAGGAUGGAUUACUGUUGGUCUGUUCCCUAAACUUCUGGAAAAUUUCACAGUAAACUUUCCUGUCCUUUUUCUUCACGUUUAGACGAUUUUAGUGCAGAUGUGUGUAUCCCUUCCCAUAGUUCUAUAUUUCCAGGCGUCUGCGUGCAUUCAGGCAACACAUUGUAGGGUCUGCUCUUGCUGUGACUGUAAAAGGUUUUAUGUGGGGUGUGUGUACACACACACUGGUAAAUGGUAAAAUGUAUACACGUAUGUGAACUACAACUGCCAAGAAAUGUGUCUGAUCUGUGUUACAAAUGUAAAGCGCAGCAGAUUUUUCUGAGAAUUAACACAAGGAAUUAAAAUACCUGUUUAAGGACAGUUUUGGGGUGCAGCUUAGGUGUAGCUCAGUAGUAGAGCACAUACUUUAAUAUGCAUAAGGCCCUGGGUGUGAUCUCUACCAUCACAUUUUAAAGGAAAAAUAUUUUGGCUGACUAAAACUAGAAUUAAUUCCCUCCGUUUUUUAACAUACUAUCACACAUUUAAAAAAUAUUUUUGCGGCUUGAAAUCUUUAUGUGAGAUAGAUAGCAUUGCUCUACAAAAGGUGCUUACAAACAAUACCCUGUGGCCAAACACAGACUGCCCCCUUUCUCGUUUGAAAUAAGGUCUCUUGUAGCCCUGGCUGGCCUCUGUCUGACCACACUGGCUUUAUGAGGUGUGCGUGGAGGGGGUGGAGGUGAGGAGGGUGCAAACUCAGUACCCUGUGCAUGCUAGGGUCUGUCAGUGAACCUGAAGCUUCACCAGUUCAGCUAGACUGCCUGGUCGGUGAACUCCAAAGACUCACCUGUUUCUCCCUUCCCGUUGCUGUAAUUACAGAAAGUAUUUGUUGGCCUCCUGUCCUGGAACAACAGCUGGACUUUCCAGGAUACAGUGACUGAGUACAAGCAAGUUGCUGUAGAGUGACAAGAAAAGAAACCCACAAGCUGAAGAAAGAGAAAGCAUCUUGGAUAUUUUGUAACAGAAGAGAAUAUCUCCUAAGGUGCUUGUCAGCUGUGAAAAUGUCUGACAAGAACCAGAUCGUUGCCAGGGCUUCCUUGAUUGAGCAACUGGUAUCUAAAAGGUAUUUUGAGGAUAUUAGUAAACAGCUUACUGAGCUAGAAAUGAUUUAUGUGUCUAAGGAGCAUUUGCAGGAGACAGAUGUAGUCAGAGCUGUUUACAGAGUCCUCAAAAAUUGCCCAUCAGUGGCUUUAAAAAAGAAGGCCAAGUGUCUGCUGGCCAAGUGGAGAGGUUUCUAUAAGAGUACACACUUCAAAACAAGGGAAAAAGUACUCCAUACAAAUGCUAAUAAAGAAAGUGUAGCAGUUUCUCAUAAUGUAAGCCAGGAUGAAACAUCAGGCUCUAGCCAUAAUGAGAUAUUGGGUCUCUGCAGUUCUCUUUCUAGGUUGUCACCCCAAGAGGCUGCAAAGCCUGCUGCAGCAAUUGGAUCUGAAAGUAGCACUGCUCAAAUGGAAAUUAAUGAAGGAUAUUUUGAGGGUGAUGACUCUGAAUCCACUAGCAAGAGCUCAGGUGUGUUACAAGAUCCCUUAGUGUCUGUGAGAUCUAAGUGCACAGAACUUCUUUACACAGCAUUAGCUAGUUCUUGCACAGAUCACACAAAAUUUGACGUAUGGCAGAAUUUAGCAAGAGAAAUUGAAGAGCACAUUUUUAUCCUUCAUUCAAACAAUAUCAAAAAGUAUAAAACUAGUAUUCGAAGCAAAGUUGCCAAUUUGAACAACCCCAGAAAUUCUCAUUUACAACAAAACUUGCUCUCCGGAACCAUAUCUGCAAGGGAAUUUGCUGAAAUGACUGUUCUAGACAUGGCAAACCAGGAACUGAAGCAGUUGAGGGCUUCCUACAUAGAAUCCAGUAUUCAGGAACAUCACCUUCCCCAAACAGUUGAUGGCACACAGACAAAUAAAAUCAAAUGUAGGCGAUGUGAUAAAUACAACUGCAAGGUCACUGUAAUUGCCAGAGGAACACUUUUCCUUCCAAGUUGGGUACAGAAUUCAAACCCAGAUGAACAAAUGACCUAUGUCAUUUGUAAUGAAUGUGGGGAGCAGUGGUACCAUAACAGCUGGGUGUGCUUGUGAUUUGUAAAUAAUCCUUCCAAGGGUAUAUGUUUUAUAUAUAUAUAACCUAACUGUUUGUGCUUUUUUUUCCACAAAAUCUUAAUAUUAUUUUUGCUUUUGGGAUUUUAGUUCAUGAAAGAUGUCAGUAUGUAGCCAAAGGUGGCCCAGUUUCAUGAGUGCUUGCAUUACAGGUAUACACCAACACACCUGACUUUCUAUACUGUUCUUACUACAAUCCUAAGACUAAGGAAAGAGUUGUUUGCCAAAGUGUAGGCCAUAGAAAGCUAUCACAUUGUACUUUGUGACCACUUAGUACUUUACUCAGAGUGGCACUGUAGCUCUACACAGCCUGAGAGAGCAUGUUAGAGAUGAAGACUCUUGCCUAAUGCUCCUUGAGUCCUGAUCUGCAUUUUCACAGAGUCCCCAGGUUAUCCUCUGGGAUAAUUUGAGAAUCACUGGCAUAACAGCAGGACUGUGGUUCCUUAGGAGUGACUAUAUAUUAGAAUUUUCUGGAGAGCAUUGAAAUGUAUCGGUGCUAAGGGCCAAGCCUAGUACAAUUCAGUAUGAACCUAUGGCCUGGACCCAGUAAUCAACACUGCUCUGGUCAUUUCUUGGUUCAUUUUAAGUUGCAGUUACAGUUAGGAACUACCUGUAAAUAGUCUCUCAUUUGAGCCUUUCCAUAGUUCUGAAUAAAUUAAUGUUAUUCUGGAGACUUUAUAGAUGAGGAAAGAAGCCCACCUGCCCAGGUUACACAUCUGUAUAUAGUCUGCCUCAUACCAAUCCCAGAUUUUCCAGCUUACUUCUGAAGCAGUUGUGAUGGCACAUACCUGUAAUCCAAAUGCUAGGGUGAAUGAGGCAGGAGGAUUUAUGUGAGUUCCUGUCUCAAAACUGUUAAAAGUGCAUCAUGUUUCUAGCCUGUAAUCCUAGCAUUGGGGAUGCUAAGGCAGAAUCCCAUAGUUGAAGGCCACCUGGGUUAUAUAGAGAAACACUGCCAAACCCAAAAAGAUUCAGUCUGAAAACGGCUUAAUAUUGACUUUGUAAGAAGUAUACUCUUGAAAAUGGGUGCUAAGCAAAUAGUGUUUGUGACCUGGAAGCUUAUGUGACUAGAGUUUUAUUCUUUUGUCCUUAAUUUUCUCAUUUUUCAAGUCUCUUUGACUGGUGAAAAGUUGAACUGUAAGUUAGAAUUUGGAUCGGAGCCUGCUUCCUUAGUUGAAUGACCUGUGUAUAUUUUUUUUUUUGAGCACUUCAUAAAGUAUGAUAUAUAGUUUGUUGAUGUUAGGAAUCUCUAUGCCAUCAAAGGCAUGUGUGUUGGGUUUGGAAUUGAAAUUCUGCUCAUGUGAAAAUGACACUAGUUGUUAGAGGAAGUUCACUCCUUUAAUCUCAACAUUUAUUUACAUACUAACUGAAGAGGAAAUCACUUACGCCUUUGCAAACAUUGUUUACUGAUUUGUAUGCUUAUUCACAAGCUUUUUUUAUGUGAUUAUGACUAAGUUUUUCCUUAAAAGUAUUAAAGUGUUUAUCAUUUGGGGUUUUGAUGUCUUUUACCAUGUAAAACAAUUUUAUACAUAAUCAACAGAAACCUUGCAUAUAUGUACUCCUUUUACAGUUGACCCAGUGAUUAGAUAUACAUUUUCUCUUUUUGUUGUUUGACAAUGAUAUGUGAAGAGCUUCUAUUUUUAUAAGACUAGCUUCACUCUGUAGCCUAAGCUGGAUUCAAACUCACACUGGCUGGCCUUAACCUCCAGAGUACUAUGAUUGGCAGCGUAAGCCACCAUUUAUUGAUUUUAUCAUACCAAAGAGUUUAUUUCUUAGUUUCAUAUAAACUUACAUUUUCACUAGUUAUUAUCUCCUAACUCCCCAGUAUUCCUUCUAUGGGAUCUGUAGGCUUUUCUUUAAAUAUAUAUUUUUACCUCUAUAUAACAUUUCCCCAGUGGGUGCAUAAAACGAGCAAAUAUUUCUGUUUUAGAUUUUUUUGAAGAAAUUAGUUUGAAACUGUCAAGUCUGAAUUAUAUUUUGUUGUUUCUUCUCCAUAUCUCCAUAUGGCAUUCCAGGGCUGUUCACCGCGAUGCAAUGUGUUACUCCUUUAAAGAGUAACUUACAAAGUCAUCAAAAAUUCAAAAGUUUCACAAAAUGUGGUGGUUUCAUGUGACUUGAAAUGAUCUUAAAACCUAGACAGUGGUUGUGCAAGAGCACACACAGCAUAUAAAAACCUUGUUUAAUUUGUUCAAAUCAGUUUGAUGUUUGGAUUUUCUAUGUAACUAUGUAUGGAUUUUUAUAUUGAGAAUUUGUAAGCUACAUUUACCAAAAAUAAAAGCAUUUGAAAUGGAAAA